GUGCGAGGGGCCGGGCCUAAACCAGGCCGGGAGGAGGGUACAGCAACACUGAUCCCACGAGCACGUCCGCUGCAGCGAAUUCUCGGGAACUCACAGCUCUACAGACGCAGUCCCCAGCCCGCCACGGCGAGCCCCUGCCCAGCCGAGGUCUCUCGGAGCUCCGCCGCCGCCAUCAGCUUCUUCCUCCUCGGCGCUGUCCUCCUCCUUCUCAUCGCCACAAGGAGGCGGGGGCGAAAAAGGGGGAGAGGAGGAGGCGACCAGAGACACUCACCUCCUCCCGGUGCCCCCUCCCGGGCCUGCGCCCCCACCCUGAGAGCCGCCCUCCUCCUCCUCCUGCCGCUGCGCUCCGCGCCGCCGCUGCCGCACCGGCCCCUAAUGGCCACACUGAGCUCAGCCGAGCCGAGAGCCAGACUGGCGCCGGGGCCGCCUCACAUCGCGCAGCGGACAAGCAGAGGCGCAGCAGCGACGACGCCGAGCGUGGAGCUCGCCGGCCCGAAGGGCCAGGGGGGCCGGGCCGGGCCAAGCAGGGCCGUCCGCCCGCAAGCCCGCGCUGACGCCGAGCCCACCGACGCGGCCUCUCCGCGCGCCGCGCUUCUCCGCCUCCACUCGCAAGCCCGGGGAGGAGAAAUCAGUCCGGCCGCCUCCCUGGCCCUCACCCCCCCGGCAGCCAGGUGCCUGCCGGGGGCUCGGCUCGGGGGCCGCCUCGGACGGCGGGCAGAGGCGCCGCGGGGCGCGGGCUUAUGUAAUGGUUUCCCCCCCUUAGGCGUCGACGCCGGCCCGGGCUGCGGUGGGGGUGUGUGCGGGCAAGGAGGGGACUGAGGGUCGCCUCAGCCUUUGCGCCCCGGGGCCCCCAACCACUGUCUCGGUCCCGGCCGCUGCUCUCCAGCCAGGUACCCUCCUCACUCCCUGCUCGCGCAGUUCGCACUCAGCCGGGCGUCCCGCUUGCCCCACUCUCUCUCUCCCGGUCCCUCUCCGCUCUCUCUCCUCCUCCCCCCACCCCCCCCACAGGCUAGCACACAAACAAGAUGGCGGCUGUUGUUUCUUGCCUCUGCCGAAUCCUCCUUACAGGAUAGCGGUAGCGGCGGCGGCGGCCGGAAAUGAGCCAAGAUUGGGGGGGGGGGGAGGUGAGAGGGGGAGGGGCCGAGAAACAGGGAGGCGGGGCGAGGGCGGGGCCUCUGCCUUGCAGCUCACACAAUGGGGGAAGCGGCGCCGGGGGCGGUGCCGGCUCCAAUCACGGGAUCCGCCCAAGGGCCCCAACGCGGUAGGCGCUUCCGCAAACUCCCCCGGCGUCACUCGGUGGCUCCCUUUAAAGGGGAGGUUUUGAAAGAAGUUGUGGGGGGGGGGGGGGUCCGGGGUGAACUUAGAACGUAUUUUCGGUCGGUGGACAGUUAGGUGCCUGGGCUGGGUCUCUGAGCAGAACCGAGUCAAAGCUCAGGCGCUCCUCUGCGAAAACAAGGAAAACCACGGUCAGAGCUCCCGGGGUUUGCCCUCUCAGGUUGAUCUUUGGAACCCCAUUAAAUCCGCCAAACACCUGUGUUUCAUCGUAGACACACAUUCCAUCCUCUUCAUAGCCUUCUCGAAAGCAGCAGUUCAUAUCUCAAAGUCACAUUGCUAGUCCUUUAAGUUUUCUCUGAAAUGUCUAAUUCAAGAAUGAAAAAUUUGGAUUACGAUAUUGUUAGUUAAAAAACUAGGAGGGGGAGGACCACAGCAGUGGGAGGCUGUUUAGGGCUAGACCCUACCUACAUUUUUGCCCAUCACGUGUCCACACAUCCUUACCAGCUACCACUCUUAAAAAAGAAUCCUUGAGAACUACUUUUCUGAACCUGCCUGAAACUUCCAAGGUCUUUUGAAGGUAUUUUCCACCCAUCUCUAGCAGAUGAGCUUAAUAAAAGGCCACUUUCUGCAGUGCCUUCAAUGUAAAUAUGGGAGAGGACAAAAAAAUGUUAUGUGCUAAAAAAAAUUAUAACACUAGAAAAAUGUGAGGAAAUGCUCCUAAGUCUAGUGUGUAGGGCAGCCCAAUUCGAAGCAGAAAGCAGGGGGUAUGCUUUUAGGGUUCUCAAAUUACAGGACUUCUGUGUUUGGGAUCCUCAAAUAUAGGGAAAGUACCAAGGUUCUAUGUGACACUGAAGGAAACCUUCGAGACAUUACCUAUUGUAUAGGUAGUUUGCCUACUAUUCCUGUGGCCUUAACAGUUCAGUCACCAGUACUACCAAGAAAAUAAAUUUUUUCUCAGAUCUAUUUUUUAAUUACA